AUUCAAAUAAUCUCACCCUUAAUCCAUUCACAAUUCACUAUUCGAAACCAUGGUUCAAAGCACGCAUUGACACCUGCCAUGGUCUUUGUGGCCUGGAGAAGGCGGCGAUUCAUUUUCUUAUCUGCCGUGGGCCUUUUCUUGGUCGGCCUAACACUCGUGGGUUUACGUCGGUCAUCCAUAGCGGCAACAUCUCCUCUCCCCUUAUUACCGGGUACUUUUCAAUACUUCCACGAAGCAGAUCAUCAUUACAAGACCCACAGAUUUGGGGCCAUUAGCCAUUUUGACGCCCGCUAUGUUCCACUCCAGCAACCCACUAUCGAUGAUGUCCGCCGUACUCUGGUUGCUUUGCUCAAGUCAUACACUGCCACUAUGCAAAAGCUAGGAGCCGAAACCUGGAUUGCUCACGGCGUACUCCUCGGAUGGCAUUGGAACCAAAAGCUCCUCCCAUGGGAUACUGACAUAGAUGUUCAAAUGUCUGCUGGCUCUCUUACGCUGCUGGCCACAUCUUACAACAUGUCCAAGCAUGAGUAUACCCCUCCCGGCGAGUCUGCACCACGCAUAUAUCUUCUUGACAUCAAUCCACAUCACACUAUAUCCUCCUCUAGAGAUGUCGCAAAUAAAAUCGAUGCCCGCUGGAUCGACACAACAAAUGGCAAAUAUGUGGACAUUACCGCCGUUCAUUCCAACACCAUGAGUACCACCGAUGUUCCUUCUAGUAGUUCUGAGUUAUUCUGCAAGGACGGCCAUCGCUAUGCCGUGAGUGCCCUCCAAAGACCCCCGGACUACAUGGCUGAUUUUGAUUUCAGCGAGAGGAUUUAUUUCCCUUGCGUGAGUCAACCCUUGAGGAUACCCUGGUGAAAGUGCCACAACAAUCGGCCAAAAUCCUUGCGGAGGAAUACGGGAAGAAAUCAUUGACGCGAGAGCGAUUUCACUGGCACCACUUUAACCAGAACACCAAGACAUGGGAGCCCGAGUGAAUUUAAUGCCAAACGUCACGGUCAGGUUGGUGACCAUCGCGACAAUUCUGCUCGAAACUUGACCUUCCACAACCUGGAGUGGCCGCCGUUCUCAGCUAUUGUUACCACGAAUAACUUGAAUAUGGACAGAUGUACUCUUUCUGCGCAUAUAUAUAUAUAUAAAUCCCCGAGACUUUAGAACAGCAGAGUCCUCUUUGUUUCUGUUCCAUGCUGCAAUUCCAUA